CUCCACGUGUGAAUGAAAUGAAUGACGGUAUUGCGAUAAAUGUCGUGUGUGUCAUCAAACAUGGCUGUACAGUAGUCCCCCACUCCUCUCCUCUCCAUACACACUGGUGUGUGCCAUACGCAUCUGCCGAUGUUUGUCCGCCGCAAUCGUCCUCAUCUGCCGGUCCACCAUCACGCUUUGGCACAAAGUGAUCGGACACACAGAUCAGGACGAAACUUCAGACACAGCGGAGACAGAAAGCAGUCAGCACCGCCACUGGCAGCCCACCCAGCCACCGGACCACAGCCGCACAGUGUCAAAAAUCUGCCUCGACAACGAACGCAUGGAAAAACUUCUCACACACAUCCACGCCCUCAACACAGCACAGCACUAGACACACACUCAUCUGACGGUCUCCACCUGCCUCUCUGCCUCUUUGCUGGCGGCUGCAGGCUGUUUCUUCUUGGCGAACAUGGUGGUGAAUGGGUCGUACUCCUGCCCCUCCCUGGCUAUCUUGCUGUAGUGUUCCUGCAGCGUGUCGCCGCCGUAGAUCUCACCCGGGGCGGUCGUCAGCAUGUCGUACUCGGCGUAGUACUUGCCGAUGCGACCCAGCUCCGCCGCAUCCUCCAUCUGCGGAAACCACCUAUACACACACACAAACACACCAAGGAUCCACGCCCGCGCCCCCUCCCUCCUCCGCACAGACAGACCUUCCGAGGAAGGCGAAGGCGCCAAUGAUGGGGUCGAAAGUGGAGAGAGGGAAGGUCCAGAACUUGGGUUCCUUGCCGAGUGCGUCGAACAUCAUGUUGCCCUGGUCCCGCAUGGUGAGCGCACCGUCCGGCCCGCCGACGGAGAGGAUGGCGUUCCACUUGGCGGGGUCCUUGACACAGCUGACCAUGAAGGCCGCCAGGUCGGGUUCGCUGAUGGGGUUGCAGCGGGUGAUGGAGCCGUCACCGAACAUGAUGAAUGGCCAGCCCUGGUCGAGGGUCUCCAGCUGACAAGGGGAGCGAGGGAGGGAGGGAGGGAGGGGCAUGUGUGUCUUUGUCACGGAAGUGUGUGAGAGGUCCUUUGGCGUGGUUUGGUUUGCUCACUUGUCCGCUGAGGCUCUUGAAGAAAGCGGUCGGUCGCACAAUGGAGUGGGUGAUGUCCUUGGCACCCUGCAAUGCCGCCUCAAACUUCAACUGAGGAAGAGAUCAACACAUACACAGACGUACACAACAAACAUCCAAACCACUUGCGACCCUUCCCUCUUUUCCCUCACCCAUCCAUCCCAUUCACCCACCCACCUUAGCAAAUUGGAACUGCAGGACAGGUUUAUUCACACAGAAAGCCGACAGCAGCACGAAAUGCUUGGCCCCGCCCCUCCUCGCAGCCUCCAGCAGGUUCAGUGUCGCCUGAUAGUCCACCGCAUAGGCGUCACUCUUGACGCCGCUCCGGCUCGCCAAACACGACACAACCACGUCAUAGCUCCCAUCAGCAAACACUCCAGUCAGACUCUCCUCGUCCGUCACCUCAGCCCUCUUGACCGUGGCGCCCUCCAUCAACCGCUCGUUGACCGCUGAGCCGGGACGUACAAGCGCGGUGGUUUGGUAGCCCUCGUUGACGAACUGUUGCACCACAAACCUCCCGAUGUACCCCGUGGCGCCGGCAACCAGCACUCUGAUGGAUGAAGGCGGCUUCUUCGAUAGCUGCCGGGUGGCCUCAAGAGCACGUUGCUCGACCUUCUUGUCGUCACCGCCGGCAACCAUUGCCAGAGAGGGAUGCGGGAGAAAUG